AUGCCGGUUGGUCUUUAUCGCCAUGGAACUUUGGGAAGUUUGAAUUGGAACAACAGAAGUUACAGUGAUGAAACUAGAGAUUUUAGGAAAAGGAAAGAUGAUGGAGAUCUGCCAAAGCUUACAAGGCUGGAAGGGACACCUCUAAUUGCUGCUCCCCUCCUCAUUGCUUCUCCAAUCGCUGGCAUGCAUGCUCCUUCUUUAUGGUGUCACAGACAAGGUGGAAACAAACUAAAAAACCUCCUCACGGGUCAGCGGUGGAGAUCAGUAGAUCCAGGAGAGAAGAGAGUGUGUGGGGGAGAGAAAGAGAGAGAGAGUGAGGGGGGUGGCGGGCGGCGGCCGCGGCGGAGAUGGGGGUGGGGUAGGACGAUCUACGAGGGGACGGUGGUGGUGGGAUCGCUAGGCCUGCUCGGGUGGGCGGGGCUGUGGUUCCUCAACCGAAGGCUAUACAAGGAGUACGAGGAGAAGCGGGCCCUUGUCCAGAUCCUCUUCAGCCUCGUCUUCGCCUUCUCCUGCAACCUCUUCCAGCUCGUCCUCUUCGAGAUCCUCCCGGUCCUCUCCAAAGAGGCUAGAUGGCUCAACUGGAAGAUUGACCUGUUCUGUUUGAUAAUGUUGUUAGUGUUCAUAUUGCCAUAUUACCAUUGCUUUUUGAUGCUUGGUAACAGCGGAGUGAGGAAAGAACGAGCUGCACUUGGAGCAUUCUUAUUCUUACUGGCAUUUCUUUAUGGUUUUUGGCGACUGGGAAUUCACUUUCCGAUGCCUUCUCCAGAAAAAGGGUUCUUCACAAUGCCUCAGUUAGUUAGCAGAAUUGGUGUAAUAGGCGUGGACCCGUCAUGGCUGUGUAUCUGGCUUUGGUGCUGUCAAUCUGCCUUACAGUUAUCUAUCCCUAUUCAUCAGGUGACUAUAUAUUAUUUGUGGUUGUAUUUCUUACUAUUCGUAGAAAAAAGCUUCUCGGGGAACUUUUUUUUUUUGGGAACAAGUUCCUUCUUCCAUUCUUAAAAUUAAGAUUACAUUCAAUAAUC